AAACUGAUUCCAGGCUCUAAAGCAUACGCUGAGCACUGCAGUAUGCAACAAGAGCGUACUAUAUUCUAACAAACCUGCACGGAACGCGGCAACAACACGGCAGCCAACGACAGCACACUGGAACGCUGAAGUUGUUUUCCAUGCAGGCGGUAUUUGUUUCGGUGAAUGCAGUGCCUCCUAGAAUUUGAUCUCCUCGCCAAUAGACGUCGCUGGCAACGGAAGCAGGAUACCUUGUGGGUAUGGCAGCAUCUCGCACCUGUCGUUCAACACGCGUCAAGCCGCCGAUCGUCAAGCUCCGGGCAUCAUUUCUCUGCUUGGAACCUCAAACAUACGACGGUUCCUCGGAAAAUCAAAGAGAAUACCACGAGGGCGACAAACGUGUGGAGGCAAGCUCCAAGGGCCAGACACCCAAGACAUGGACCAUCAGUAACCAGGGGGAUAAGCUCCUUCGAAUGUAUCAUAGUAAACCGGUGCAGUAUGAAGAGCCCAGUCCCACAGUCUACCAUCGCUACACCUCAUCGCCAGCAGCGAGCGGUGCUAGGAUGCCCUGCAGUCACGCGCUGCAUUCACCGGCGCGAACCAGUUACUUUGAGAGACCCCAUGGACAGGACGCACCUACUCCUCGUCUGUGGGAGUGGGAAACAACCGGCAGCCCCUGAUGUUUCUGCGGGCAGCUGAGCCAAGCCCCAACGUCUGCCCUACCCAGCUGGCCCAGUGUUUCCUUAGUGCUGAGAUGGGAUACUUUGCUGUGGUCAGCCACAGCUGUCGACUACCGCAGUCGUCUUUUUCGAGGCGACCAGCAACCUGCUUCGUUCCCAACUCGGGCCCGAGGCCAGUUCCAGGGUCGUCAAUAUGACAACCAGGCGUUCCGAAGAAAUCCUCCUCCGGCGGCCGCUGCAGCUGGACAGGACCAAUGCAGUGUGGAGGCCCACGGCCAGCAAGG